AUGCCUCGCAAUGGCUUUGCUGCUGGUACAGCAUCCCCUCUUACUCACCAGAGCGAAAUGACCGGCACGAUGUCUCGUCUUUAUCAGCGAUCGUACCCCGUGCUGGACACCAUCGCGCUGGCGUGUAUUGUCGGUUUUUGGGUAUUGAUACAACUAUUUGUUACCCCCUUCCACCGCAUGUUCUCCUUGGACAACAAGGCAAUCCAAUAUCCCUUCGCCGUCGUCGAGAGAGUUCCAGUCGUCUGGUCCAUUGUAUACGCCGGUGUCAUUCCUUUCCUGAUCCUCCUCGUUUGGGCUGCGACGUUUCGACCCUCCCCUCACAAAGUUCAAGUCACCCUGCUGGGCUUCUUGAUCGCUGUCAUGUUGACAUCACUCAUCACCGAUAUAAUCAAGAACUCUGUUGGUCGACCGCGGCCGGAUUUGAUUUCGCGCUGCCUUCCCAAGAAGGGAACCCCGGCAGAGUCGUUGGUCGCAUGGACUGUGUGCACGCAGUCAAGUGAACAUAUCCUUCAAGAAGGGUGGAGGAGUUUCCCCAGCGGACACAGCAGCUUCUCAUUUGCUGGAUUGGGCUAUUUGACACUGUUCCUGUGCGGCCAGAUGCGCAUUUUCCGACCCCGAACCGACCUAUGCCGUUGUCUGGUGGCAUUCGUACCGCUAUUGUGCGCGCUUAUGAUUGCAAUCUCCCGCUUGGAUGACUACCGUCAUGACGUCUACGAUGUUACGUGCGGCUCAAUCCUUGGCUUCUUUGUGAGCCAAUUCUCGUACCGCCGCUAUUUCCCACCCCUGCGCUCAGUCACAUGCGACGAGCCUUACGGAAGGGAAGAGAUCUCAGGCUCUGACGGCUUUUCCAAAAUUGCGGAUGAUGAAGAGCAGCAGGUAGGAUCAGCCUCGCGCCAAUGGGAGGCUCGGGAGGAGUCCUAUGCACUUGCCGAGGCGACGUCGCCUCGUGGUCGGUAG